GAAUGGCGCUUCAGUAGGACAGUCAGUCCUUCGGCUGACGGUCAACGCGAGCGAAAAGCCAGAAAAGAGCAGUAGCAGCAAGGAAACUUGGGCAGCACGAAAAAUCAAAAAUAAAAAACAAGAAAACCACAGAGCAACAGCAACGGCAACGGCAAAAGCAGCGGCAACAAGGAACACGGAACAAGCAACUGGAGAGGGGAGCAACAACGGCAAAGCAACAACAAAAUAUAACUAAUAUACAAACCUAUAAUCAUCGCACAUCAAUUUGCAUGUCUUCGUUCGUUUGCGCUGAAUAUGAAGUAAACAAAUACAUGAGCCACGCCAUAAAUGUCAAACUGAGGUGUGCCGAUUAUCAUGGCAAGCAAUGUACAACAACGGCAGCAACAUCCAUGCACCACAACUGAAGAGCCGAAGCACCAGAGAGCACGACGUACAGUCAAGGACCAGGAGUCGUCGGCGGGGCGAGCAUGCGAGCAGUUCUGGUCUAAUCAGAGGCCUCCAUUCCACCAUCACCAGCAGAAGGAGCAGGAUCGACAUCCUUCUGCCCAGCAAGAGCAAGUGCAGCACUACCGAAAUAAACGAGCGCACAGGCAACUGCAACACCAGCUUAAGUUGCCACUCCUCUGCUGCAGCCUGGACGCCCUGCGACAUCCGGCCAAACUAUUGCCAUUCGGAGCACUCCUGCUAAUCCUUCUGCUCGCCACGCAUGGAGAUCUUGCUCAAGCGGAGGGCAAUGUUGGCUGCCAGUUUGUUAGGACGCUAUGCAUACCGCACUCCGAGGUCUGCUACGAUGACAACAUAUUCGGCAAGUGCAUUCCAACCACCGGUGUCGACGUUGAGGACAUUGAGAAGACACCACUUACUGAGGAGCAGUCCCGUGUGCUGGCCACUAUGCUGGAGGAACUCCAGGGCGCCGGCUUAGGAUGGGACCAUCCGUACGUGCAGUGCCGCAUCCAGGGCUCACUAUUCUCGCUCCAACGACAACAACAGCUUCCACCCAAUCUCUGCGCAAACUUGGCACCGGCUCCUCCGGAAUUCGGAGAUCCGGCCAGUGCAUUGGCCUAUGUGCGCUUCACGCCGCCGGAACCGGAAACCGAACUGGAAUUCUACGAGCAGCCUGGUAGCCCUUCGCAAUUCUUUCCGGCAUUGAGGAAGAAGCAGGUGCGAGAAAAUGACGUGGAAGAUGUGUACCUCAACAGGAUGCUGCAGGAUCGCAGAAGGCUGAGGCAUGAUCCUUCGGAGCUGGAACACUUUGGCAAGAUGGACGGACACGGGCAGAGUGCUCAACUGGAUGCUCCGAGCAUUAUGGAUGCCUUCUUGGAUACCGAACGCCAGAGAAUAGAGCGGGAGCAACAGUUGGCAGCGGCUGAGCAAGAUGCCGACCGACGGGCCGAACAGAAUCGCUUGGAACUCUAUCAGAUUCUGGCCGCGUCUGAGCCCGAUCCGCAACCAUAUCAGAGGAAGCCAGCGGCGCAACCGAUUGCCAUGGAUCAACUGGAAGCGAUUGUGGAGCAGCAGCAGCAGCGGGAGUUGAAGGAACAGCAGGAGCAGGCAAAGGCACCGGUCUAUGUUCCACCAGAGGAGGUAAACGAAUCGAGUGAACUCUAUUUCCCGGACAACUUCGCCCCCUUCAAAAGAACAAGGGGUCGCUCUAGGGGGGGAUUGGCCGACGAGGUGGAGGAUGAACAACCCAAGCGUUCCUUUUUCCGUGAAUUGGCUGGCGAACAGGGAUUGGUACAGGAACCACCUUUAAGCUUUAGACAUUCGGAAACCGAACUGGAUUCCACUCCCGAGUUGGCCAAACGACGUCCAUCGGCAUUCAAUCAGCUAGAUCCUUACGAUGUGAACUUGCAGAACCAGGAAUUGGCCUUCGAGUCGGGAUUGUUAAGAAAUUCGCUAACGCCUCUCGAAGAGGAGGCCAUGCUGGCCUCCAACAGUUUUCCCAGACAGUCGAAAAGUCAGCGCGUUUACACCGAAGGUGGACUACUCCUAAUGCCGCAGGAUGCACAGCAGGACAACGAUGGCAUGCAGGCCGAUGAGCCGGAAAAUGUGAAACAAUCGAUCUUGGCCAAUAUGUUGGGAUUUGCAAGGCAUGAGCGACUGGAUGUGAAGAAACCAGGUCCUCUGCUAGGUCCUCCAUCCUUAGGCUCCUCGGAACUCAGCAAUCAACUGGAGACCGACAAGGCACGGAAACUGGAUGGCAAUGGGAACAAGGAGGUUCUGCCCGCUCACAUCAAGGGCAACGAAGAGGACGAUGCUCACAAGAAGAAGAAUGUCAUGAAGCAGCACUCGGCCGAGGAUCAUGCGCCGCACACCGUUGAUACUGAAUAUGUGCAUGUGUUCGUCAAGAACCCGAUUGACAGUUGGAACGAUGGGCAGCGCAUCAUGAAGGAGCUGGAGCAAAUACUACACAUGCAGGGAUACUUUUCUUAUUUAACCGUUCAACAACACGAAGUCAGCUUCAGGGUGAACUCAAACAACCCCGAGCGCAAAACCGCCGGCGAUGUGGCACGUACCAUCAACGAGAACCGUGGCGUCAAGAACAACAUCCAGCGACGCGUCGGUUUCUAUGUGUUGCAUGCCGGCGUGGGUGAUGUGAUUAAGGACCUGCAGGAUCCCAGUGUUUCCUCUUCACGAAUCGAACUGGCCGAGCAGGGUCCGGAUGUCACCCACAUCAUGGCCUACAUGUUCGCCGGUGCCGGAGCUGCCGCUGUGAUCGUGAUAUUCGUAACUCUCAUUCUGAUCAAGCGGCACGAUCGCAAACGGGAUAAAUUAGGCGGUCUGCAGUCUGGCAUUGCGGGGGCAGAGACCUGCAGUAAGGAUUACCAGGAACUCUGUCGGGCAAGGAUGGCUGGAAAGUCGGGCAAUGGCAGCGGUGGCAAUUCGGCAAGCGGAGCAGCCGGCGGUGGGUCAAACGAACCGGCGCCAAGCGGACGGAUUACAUCGCUGAGCAAAGAGAACGAAGGACGCCCGCCAUCCUCGCGAUCCAGUACAUCCUCGUGGAGCGAGGAGCCAGCAUUGACGAACAUGGACAUCUCAACGGGGCACAUGGUUCUGUCUUACAUGGAGGAUCACUUACGCAACAAGGGGCGCUUGCAGCGAGAAUGGGAAGCUUUGUGCCGCUAUGAAGCUGAGCCCAGUGCUCGGGAAGCUGCCUCCCAGCCGCAAUGUGCGGGUCUAAACAGACCUGGAGCACCCUUGCCAUAUGACCACUCCCGCGUAGUGCUAAACCAUCUGGCUAACGCCGAAGGACUCGACUAUGUCAACGCAUCAACGAUUACCGAUCACGAUCCACGCGCCCCCGCCUAUGUGGCCGCCCAGGGUCCACUACCAUCGACCUUGGCCCACUUUUGGCAAAUGAUCUGGGAGCAGGGAGCCGUUGUUAUCGUAGCUCUCUGCCGCCUGCAGGAGAACGGGGAGGUGGCCUGUGCGCGCUAUUGGCCGGAAGAAGGUGCCGAGGUCUAUCACAUCUAUGAGGUUCACCUUGUUAGUGAACACAUAUGGUGUGACGAUUACCUCGUACGUUCUUUUUACCUGAAAAAUCUGCGCACAAGUGAAACCAGAACGGUCACCCAGUUCCACUUCCUUUCCUGGCCGCACAUGGGAGUUCCUGCUCAGGCCAAGGCUCUGCUGGAUUUCAGAAGGAAAGUAAACAAGUCCUACCGGGGACGUCGUUCCUGCCCCAUUGUGGUGCAUGGAAGUGCCGGAGCCGGACGAACGGGUGCCUACAUCCUGUUGGACUUGGUGCUCGAACGUAUGAACAAGGGUGCGCGUGAGAUCGACAUUGCCGCUACACUGGAGCACCUGCGUGACCAACGGGCAGGUGUGGUGGCCACGCGGCAACAGUUCGAGUUCGUGCUGAUGGCCGUGGCCGAAGAGGUGCACGCCAUCCUAAAGGCUCUGCCGGCCAACACUUCCGGCGAGAAAAGAGAACUGGACAAGGAUCCAGUAGUGGGAAGUGGUGGCAAUAGCAACUCCAGCAGCACCACCAAGGAACCACUGAAGGAGGACAAGGCGCAGGAGGCAGCCGAAGAGGAAGCGCCCACCAGCAGUUCCAAGGCAGCGGCAGCAGCCAAGAAGGACAAGGAGGAGAAGCAGGCGAAGGAUCAGUCCAAGGAUCAACCCAAAGUCGCCGAGCAGAGAACGCCAGCCAAGCCAGCGAAGCAGGCGAAGAAGUAAGCCAAUCCGAUCCAGCAUCGGGUUGAAGGUUAAGCCUCAGGUUAAUGAUUGUUGCAGCGUUUCGGGGGUCUUUUCUGUUUGUUAUAGUUAGAAAUUGACUUAAGUUCGAUUUUGAUUUGGCGUGAGCUCUUGGAAGGUUCGAAAAAGGCUUCACGAGAUUGUCAGUAGACGGAUUUAUUACCUUUAGUUAACUACACCGCAUCGAGGAGCACAAGGAUCGCUGCGAUGUGGAUCCCUUCGGACGUGCAACGCUGCCCCGGUCUGCACCAGCCCGUGAGACCCGGGGUGCGUCCAUGCGAGGAGAUGCCAUUUCGGUGAUAUUGUGUGGUGCAAGCAACUAUAGAAACGCACGAUAUAUAUAGCAUAUUUGAGUGUUAAAGGAUAUACAAAUGAGAAAUAUUUACAUACAUACCUUAUACUUAUAUACAUGUCUAGCUGUUAAGCAUUGGAUUCAAUUAUGAGGCAUUUUACUUAAUCGUUUAAUCGUUUAAUCGUACAUUUAUCGAUAUCGAUGUUGGCAUUAAACUUAAACUCUAAUCGAUGUGCUUGAUAAACCAGCAAAAGCAGCAAACGAACGACAACAAUCGCUGAACGGUAUACAUAUGCCAAGCCAGUCAGAACAGCAAACAGAAUCACUGGAACAACACACACUAAAUACAAGAAUCACAAAACUAAACUAAACUAAACUAAACUAACUAACACUAGAACACUGAACCCACAACAAGAUACAUAUGACAAGAGACAGACAUACAUAUAUACAAGAAAAGGAAGAUUGCAAAAUUUGUACCUAACAAGAAUUCUAUUUACAACAUGAAAGGGAAAGUUUAGUGAGGAUACAACCUAUUGAUGUGUAUGACAAUUAAUUAUACAAGGAUAUAAUCACAUUUAAAAAAUAUAUUUGUAUACAACAUAUAUAUUAUUCAUAUACAAUAUGGUGAAUGUCAUUAUCUAUCUAGCCAACAUAUACACUUACUUGAUCUUCGAAGCAAAUCGAGUAAUGUUUUACCAGACCAUAUGUAUGUGUGCGAAAUCAAGAAAUUGUUCAGUUUUCAAUCGCUCCUAAACGUAAGCUACACUUUUACCCUUUCGCAGUUGAUUAUAUCAUAUAUAUUAUUAUUAUAUUAUAUAUACAUGUAUCGACUUUGAUAUUUUCCUUAAGAUCCAAUUAUGUCAGAGGAAUAGCACCGAAGCUCCAGUUUCUGCUGGCCAGUCUGUUUCUUGGCCUUAAAUUCAUGAACCCAUGAUCUACUUCAUCAAAACUGAGGCAGCUAUAGGUCGAGGGGCAGAGGGGGUUACUGGGAGAGGUUGCAGCCUCGGUGCUGUUAGGAGUAUGUGCCACAACAAACUGUAGAUUAUUACGGAGAAGCAAAAAUACAUGAAAAAAAUCCGCAAAAAAAAAUUAUAAAUUUAAUUAGUAUAAGAUUAAUAAGGACGCAGCCUUAUUAUGCUGGAAAGAACAUCUCCAGGCACUUUCAUUCUAUCAAUGGUUUAACAAAAAAAAAAAAAAAAAAAAAAAAACGACCCAGAACGAAUCAGGACAUGCUAAGAAAACUAUCCAAUCAAAAUAUAUUAAUAUAGUCACACGGUACAAUGCCGUCGAGAGACCGCAUGACACACUAUACUAAGACACCCCAAGGAGCCACAACAAAGAUACAGUGACUAGCGAUUCGCAUUAACCGAACAUAUAGCUACCGAUUUGAGGCAUACGAUGAGAAAAAAUAUGAAAAAUCAACAAAAAUAUGAAAAUAGAAACGAAAUAAGAACAGAUUGAAGAGGAAUUAAGUGCAAGUGCUGCAAAUUAGCAAAGAAAUAUUCAAAAAAAUUAUCAAUUAAAUAAUAAUAGCAUACUACUUAACAGUUUUACGUAGCAGUUGAACUUAAACAUAAUGAAAAUGAGUUAUCGUAGUUCGAAAUAUUUCAAGACGACAAAGAUAAGAUACAUUUCAGCUAAAUUUAAGCAAAAAAAAAACCAAAAGAAAACGAAACAAUUUAUUAUCUCGACGCAAACCUAUGAUUUGUUAACAUUUCCUUUGUUUUAAAAGUAACAAAAACACAACUGACACUACACAACAAAUAUAAAAGCAAAAAUGAGAAAACAAUAUUACAAUAACUGUGGCAAGUCCGACCAACAACUUGGGGCUUGCGAAAAACUAUAUGAUGAAAAAUUAUUAAAAGUGGUAGAAAAAAAAAAGAAUAAAGAAAUAUGAAUAGUUAAAAGAUUAAUUGUUUUAGAGAAAAAUAUUUAGUAGUGAGUUUUUCGAUUGAUUUUCGAGUACUUGAUGCAACGUUUUUUCAAAGUUAAUUAAAGAAGAAAAUGAAAAAUACAUACAAAUACAACUACGACAAUUUCAAUUCAAAUGUUCUUCGACGAAACAAAGUUAAAUAAGUGUACUAACAAGCAACGUAAAUGUAUCGUAUUAUAUAUAGUCAAUCGCAUAUAAAGGCAAUUAUUGAUGUAUAUUUCGACAUAACCAUAUAUACAUAAAGAUGUUAAUGAUUAAACGAGGAAGAAACAACAACCAUGCGUAGAGAACUUGAAAGGAACUUACAUAUAAUAUAUAAUAAUCAUAAUUAUAAUUAUAAUGCAUAAAUGUCUAACGGACUUGUCCAUUUUUCAACAAUAUAAACCAUUUAAAUGUACCCCGUAUGGGAAAGGGUAUCCAAGCAUUUCAUCAUUUCCCCCAGUCUAUUUUCAUUGAUGGUGUAACAUAGAUAUACAAAAAACAAAAACAAAAUCAACUAAAGCGAAAUCUUAAUUAUUUUUAUUUAUAAGGAGAAAAAAAAGGGAGGCAGAAAAAGAAUAAAUCUAAAUCGCGGACAGAAACAAAACGACACAUGGAGUCUAAAUUGGUUUCUGGUCAUCACCUGACCAUUAACUUUCCAAGGGGCAGAUCAAGUUGUUACCAAAACAGGAUCAGAGAAGAGCAGAUGAAGUGGACUACCAACCAUAGACCGACCGACUGACGCCACGAACCCAGAACGAGGCAUACAAAAUGGUUUGAGUUCCUAAAGAAACAUAACCCGACCACCAACAAUAGGACGGACAUUGGACCCUUGACCCAAGAACUGGCUGUAUAUACGCACAUCUAACUCCGGACUAGCAGCUAAUCCUGACUAUAACUAAUACUGACAACCAACUGGAACUGACCGACCGGACGGAACUUAGUCUUAGGCCUACACAAUGAGAUUCAACUCGUACAACGGGAUAGAUAAGUAUGAUCGCAGUGCGGCAGCUUUAAGAUCUGUUCCCUCAAAGCUAAAGGUCAAGUGAUUGGUAUUCAGGUAACCAUUUUUGGACUCUUGACAGGACGAUACACUGAAAAAGAAACUUAUCAAAGAGGCAACCAAACUUACAAUCUCAAAGUUCUAAGUUUUUUGUUUUAAAGAAAGAUUGAGUUUGGUGACCACGGAUGAUAAUAUACAAAUACAAAUAAAUACAAAAAACAAAACACAAAAUACAAAAUACAGGCAUCAAAAAGAAAGUGGGAAAUAUUUGAAUCAUUGAUCAAGUUCAAUGGAUUAUCGAGUAAGAAAAAUAAGCAAAAAUAAAUACAAAUAAUACGAGCAGGCUUUCAUACAUUUUUGGAAAAGCAAAAUAAAUUAACUGAUUAAGUGAGGCAUUUAGGGGUUAAGCGAAACAUUUAACAAUAUCGAUGUGUAUACAAUAUGCUACAUAAAGAAGAAAAUAUCUAUUUCGCCACUUGGCAAAGAUUUGUGUUACUAAAGUAAAAACGAUGACGAAACUCUAAAAAAAAUUAAACGAGAAAAGCAACCCAAAAAAAAGGUAAAAACCAGCAAAAAAUUAUGCUGGCUGAGGCCAUUAAUAUCUAAAUGUACUAAAACUGAUAAAAUGCGACAAGUUAAACGAUUAUUAUUGAACAUUGAGUCAAGCUGAUAAAAACUAAUAAAUAUUAUACACCGAACACUUACACUCGAAGAAAAGAAACAUGGAGCAUACCUAUUAAAGGUUUUUUGUGCAAAACUUAUUAACCUAUGCAAUUUAAGUGUUUUAAACAUACAUAUUACAUAACAUUACAUGCUACAAUUAUUUAUGAGAAUUAUAUAGCAACAUGUAUACCUACAUAAAUAUAUACAAAUAUAUAUAUAUAUACACAUAUAUAUGAAUGUUAUUAAUCAACUUGAAUUUAUGGAGAACAAAGAGGAUAUGCAUACCUAUAUCUAAAUGUAUCGCGCCAUUGUGUAAUAUGCGCUACAAAAAUACAAGUUAAAAAAAAAGAAACCACAAAUCACAUAUUAUAUUCUGCUGCAUGUGUAAAUUAUAUAAAUGUAUAAAUUAAACAAAAACAAAACAAAAAUGCGAACAAUUUUCGAUGAUAAACAGCAAGCAGAAAAGCAGAUUAUGGAGAUGACGAUGUAGAACCGGUAAUAAUUACGAUUACUAUUAUAAUACAGAUCAAAAUAUAAUAAAGAGACCCUUAAAACAACUGAGCCUACCCAACAAUAUAAACCGAUAAAACCAUUAGCCAAAACUAAGCCAAUGCCGAGCGUAGUAAAUAUUAACGAAAAAGGUUUUUUUUUUAGUUACCACCACCACAACCACAAUGAUUCCCGUUACCCAGUGUUUACUGUGCGUGUCUAAGAUAGAACUAAAUAGCAAGUAUAGCAUAAUCUGUCAAUAGAAACCCAACUUGUUUCAGGCAAGUUGGCUCUAAGCAUCACUGUAACGAAACACCAAUCACAACAACAAAACAGUCGUCAAAGGUACUGUAACUAACAAUAAUCUGUAGAGUUGCUUAUCGAAAAUAAUAUAGAAAUAUACAUAUUUAUAUAUAUAUCUAUAACCAUAGAACACUUAGAGUACUUAGCACACUUGCACGCUUUCACAUUCAGUCCUUCUUAUAAACACGCAUGAUUUCGAUUCUCUAACUUAUUUCCUAACACUUAUUUAGUUUGAGAUUUUUCAAAUAGUUGCAUGGCUACCAUCUUUUCAAAAGAGUAAAACAGAAUUAUGAUACUUCCCCCUCCCCUUACAAAACGAUACACUGAAGCGGUACUAGUAUGCCUGAAUACAACAGAAGAUAUAAAAAUCGAAUAAGAUAACUUCUUAAUUCAGACUUUCAGCAAAAAGGGUUGUUUAUAGAUUAUAGUUAAAUUUAAUGCAAACUAGUCAAAUCACCCAAAGCUUCCAAGCAGGGUUAAGGUCUUAAGCCCAGUGCACUCAAAAGCUUCAUUUAGUUUUCUGCUAAAUUGUUCCAUUGGCGUUUGAAAAUCAAAAAAUCACUUGGUAAGCAUUUUCCACAAACAAAAACAGAAAAUGAAAAUCAAAACAAGAAGUAAGUAAAUGCACUGGGAGAAAGCUUUUGAUUAUUGCAAUUUUUAAUCAAUUAACCACAAUUUAAUCACAACAAACACAUUGAUUGUUACACUUACACUGUUCAAAAAAUUCGUUACACAUACAAACUUGUGCAUCGACCCCAGAGAACAAAUUAAUAAAUAUAUUAAGAAAUAUAUAUUAAAUUGUGCUAAAAGGUUUUUUCACAAACUAUGCACUCAGAAAAUAAACGCGAAAUUGUUGUCCCUUUAAAGGACUUAAAGGAUUAAAUUACAAAUUCAGUGUCUAUGGAAAUAAUCACAAAGAGUUAUAUCAAAUAUUAACCCCUUUUAAUCCUAAGUGCAGGAGGUUUUUUCCAAACAAUUCAUGGCACUGGAAAAAAUAUUCGUUUCGUCUCACUAGAGACUUUGAAAAAGAACAAAAAAACAAAAUUGGUAUUAUAACGACACACUUUUUCGAUCUCACUAGAGACAUACAGUAUACACAAAGUUGAAACCACAAGAAUAGAGUACAAGCGAGUUUUCCAGACAGUUUUUGCCCUUCACGAUCCGAGGGAAAGUUCACUUCAAACGUUAUUUUCGUCUCAUCAAAGAGACUUGGCUUCUAAGCUAAUAUUAAAUAUCCAAAUAAAUAAUCGCAAAUUAAUUACACUUAAUAUGUGCAAUAUUAUAUACAUACCCAAAAUGUUUAUUCUAUGUGUGUUUAAAGCAUUAAAAAAUCGUAAAAAAAAAUUAGAAAGAGGAAAACUCAAAA